CGUUUUCAGGCGGCGUGACGCGCUCACGCCUGUCUCCUUGCCCCCUUCGGUCCUCCCUCCUCCCGGCGAGCUCCUCUACCACGGGUGUACCAACCAACCACCAGUCCACCAAGCGCGCGGGCGCCAUCAGGUAGACCGGCCCCUGCGUUAGACCCAACCCAACCCUAGCUACCGUGACGCUCGAUCGGCUUCGGGUUAGUUUGCGGAGGAGGCGUGGAGGUGGACCGCCUGUGCCGUGAGGCUGAGUCAUGGAAGUGCCGCCACUGCCAACGGCGUCGGAAGGGGAGCGCCGAAGCGUAGCGACGGGGUCGUGCCUCCCCAGGCUGGUCUCCGGCGUCCUCUCGGGGGCCCUCACCGGCAUCUUCGCCGUUGCUGGAGGCCUGACGGGGGCGUUCACCGGCGCAUUGGCCGGCCGAGCUUCCGACAGCGGCGUCCUCCGGGGAGCCGGCCUGGGGGCCUUUGCGGGGGCGGUACUAUCCAUCGAGGUUCUCGAGGCUUCGCGCGCCUACUGGAGCGCGGACCGAUCGAGCCCGCAGAGCACGUCCUCCAUGGGGGAUUUCAUAGAACAGCUCCUUCAUGCUCGAUUUGUGCAAGACCAGUAUGAGCCAUCGGCAUAUAUGGCCUAUCGUUGGCAGGUUGGCAUUGCCGACAAUGAUGAUAUGUUUGAUGUCCUUGAAGAUGUUUUAUCCGAAGGGCUCUCACAAGAUACUCUAAAGAAGUUGCCACAUCAUGUGGUUCCUGCACCAAUUGGUGAAAGCUUGUCUUGCGCUAUUUGCCUGCAGGAUGUUAUUAGCGGAGAGACAGCGAGGAAGUUGCCAAAGUGCUCUCACACCUUCCAUCAGCCUUGUGUGGACAGAUGGUUCAUUGACCAUGGUUCAUGCCCAGUAUGUAGACAGGAUGUGUAGGUAGAUCAUGAUCGAUUCUGGGUUAUCAUGCCUUUGUAAAGUUGCUACCCUCGUCAUAUAGAAGAAAAUACAGUACGUAGCAUGUAAAAAGUCCUGCACUUGUUCCUAUUAUGAAAAAUGGUUUACACAUC